AUGUCGAAGAGUCACGUCGCGUUUAACUCGAUUACCGCCCUGGGCCAUUCCGUCAGCAACCUCAGUAUUGGGACCAUCGAGACUCACGUCGAACCUAUCGCAAAGUUCCCUGUCCCCACUUCUGCCGCCGCUCUCUCCCGCUGGCUUGGGAUGGUUGGUUACUAUCGCAAGUUCAUCAAAGGUUCUGCUAGUGAUCAGACCUACCACUUCACCAGCACCGCAGACGAGGCUCGUGACGUUCCCAAGGCCGGGCCCAAACGCCAGAUGUAUCAGGCCGGUAGAGAUCCCGACAGCUGGAGAGGGACUGUCAAUGCUGUGAACGCUAUCGAAGGGUUGGGCAAGACUGGUAUGAUCAUUGAUAUCUUGGCGGCCGAGGUCCCCAACGACCAAGAUCUCGCGGCGAUGUCCCCGGACUACCUCACCAACCCUCCCUACCACCCAAUCCAUAUUGGAUCCACAUCGAAAUCGGCCAAGGCUCAUAAUCGGCUUGACCAAGUUGGCGCCCAGAACCCUGCAUCCCGAUUACAACAGAAGAGAAAGAAUUUCAACCAAGCAAUGCUCGACUCUUUCAUCGUUCGCAGAUGCUCGCCGGCGGUGUCGCCCAAUGCUUCCAUUACACCCGUCGCUUCUUGGGACCUCGCCGGCGAGGUGGCCGGUCCGUUCUGCGACGUGAGGAGGGUUGUCGGGCUUCUCCCGACCUUUACCAAGAGCGAGAUGGUGGCUAAGAUGGCCGCCGCCGCGUACCUCUGGGUGGAGAACGUCCCCACCAGCGAUAUCAAUCUCAGGAUCAACGGUGGCAAUAUCACCGGCGAAACUGACGUGAUGUGGAUUUGGGGUCAGAAGACGGGACACGGCUUCAACACCGCCAUGUCCGGGUCCCUCUGGAACCCCGACACCGGUAGUACCGUCGGCGGCACGCCAGGCCUCGGUUAUCACACUCUCACUUUCCUGAUGAGAGUGCUGCAGAUCUUGGGGUGUCCCGAAGUGCCGCCUACACAGUCGGACGACAGUGCGUUGGGUCCAGAUUUCUAUCGCUCUGACGGUCGCCUCGUCUACCAGUGGUCCAUUGCGCUAGCCGACGUCUUUUGGGAUUCCAAGAUUUGCUGCUGGGCAUACAAAUUCCUGUACGUUAACGACCCCACUCGCGCGGCGUACCGGAAGUCCGAAAACAACCUUUUCCCUGCAGAACGGGCACUUGCGUCGGACUUCUGGCAGACCCCGCCCCCCCUUUGGUCGUUCGCCGCCACCGAGGCACUCGCCGCCCUCCGCCACACUACCUGCGGCCCCUCUUCCAACGGUGCCCACCAGAACCACUUGGACCAACCAUACAUCGUCUUUGGCCCUGGUCGCCCCCAAGGCGCCCGCCACAUCCGAGGUGGUCGACCCCACCCCAACAGCCGACGAAAUUGA